UCCAUGCGCCGAUCAGUGAUCGGAGAACAUCCAAGUCGGUUCCCCUGAGAGCUCCAGACCCCAACAUGCCUGGAGAAAUAGCGCUGCUGCUCUGCCUGAUCCCGAUGGCGACCGCGGGCACGACGGCGCCUUCGCUGAGUGCGGGUCCGAUUGUGUUCGCCCGCAACCUGUUCCGGGCCCUGAACGAGGACUCGCCGAGGGGCAACAUGGUGGUCUCGCCGGCCGCUGCCCGGAGCGCCCUGACCCUGGUGUUCAUGGGGGCCGGGGGGAAGAGCGCCAACGAGCUGCGCUCGACCCUGAUGCUGGGGGCGGCCGGGAAGAAGGACAUCGCCAAGCAGCACGCGGAGUUCUGGAGCAGGGAGUGCACCUGCUCGGAGCGGGGCGCCGCCCUGCGGCUGAUCACCCGGCUGUACGUGAGCAGCGACCUGACGCUGCGUCCGGACUUCAACCUCAAGGACGUGGAGUUCUUCAACGCCCAGGCGGGCGCCCUGAACUUCUCGGACGUCGACGCGUCCACGCGGCAGGUGAACAAGUGGCUGGAGCUGCAGACCUUCUACACGGUCCGCAACCUUCUCACGCCGGCCUCCUUCAGCCCGGAGUCGAGCGUGCUGCUCGUGAACUCCAUCUACUUCCGGGCCAAGUGGGCGAAGCGCUUCUCCAUGGACCGCACGGGCGCCGGCGACUUCUGGAUCAACUCCGCCCAGCGCAUGGAGCUGCUGAUGAUGCGUCAGGUCAGGGAUUUCCGCUUCGCGUACUCCAAGAAGGCCUCCAUCCUGCACCUGCCCUUCGAGGACUCGGACAUCAGCAUGAUGCUGGUCGUGCCUCACGCGGUGGACGGACUGCCGGAGCUCGAGCAGAAGCUGGCGCUGCUCGACCUGAACGAGGUGGCCACCAAAGGCCUGAUGCACGAGGUGGACGUGGUGAUGCCCCAGUUCAAGAUCGAGUGCGACAUCGACCUGAAGGUGCCCAUGCAGAAGAUGGGCAUAUCUCGGAUCUACAGCCCCGGCCAGGCGGAUCUCAGUGGCCUGUUCGCCAAAAAGUCGCCCCAGCUGAUCUCCGAGGCCAGGAUCCAGACACGCGUAAGUCCUGCGUGGACCGCCCGAGCAGCGGCCUUCGUACAGAACCCCGAUCGCAAGCUCUUCAUGGCCAGCCGCCCGUUCGUCUUUGCGAUUCGCAACAACAGAACCGUCUACUUCGUGGGGCGUUUCCUAAAGCCCUGAUUUAUCAGCCGCCCUGGUCCCAUCGAACAUCAGAUUAUU